AUGGAAGAUGCAGCGGCUCUAAUGGAGGCUUCAGGGUCGAGGUUUAGCAAUUUGGAGCUGAUUGGAAGAGGCUCUUUUGGCGACGUUUACAAGGGAUUUGACAAGGAAUUAAACAAAGAGGUUGCCAUCAAGGUCAUUGAUUUAGAGGAAUCGGAGGACGAAAUAGAGGACAUCCAAAAGGAAAUUGCAGUUCUGCAAGAGUGUCGAUCUCCAUAUAUCACCGAUUAUUAUGGUUCUUUUCUGCAUCAAACUAAGUUGUGGAUAAUAAUGGAAUACAUGGCUGGUGGCUCAGUUGCUGAUUUGAUACAACCAAACCAGCCACUGGAUGAAGUUUCCAUAGCUUGUAUUUUACGAGAUUUGCUCCAUGCCAUUGACUAUCUCCACAGUGAGGGAAAAAUUCAUCGCGAUAUCAAAGCGGCAAACAUUUUGUUGACAGAGAAUGGCGAUGUUAAGGUUGCAGAUUUUGGCGUUUCUGCUCAAUUAACAAGGACAAUAUCGAGAAGGAAGACUUUCGUAGGAACACCAUUCUGGAUGGCUCCAGAAGUAAUUCAAAACUCGGACGGAUACAAUGAGAAGGCAGAUAUUUGGUCUUUGGGAAUAACCGUUAUUGAGAUGGCAAAAGGAGAACCUCCACUUGCAGAUCUUCACCCUAUGAGAGUGCUUUUCAUCAUUCCCAGAGAGAAUCCACCGCAGCUAGAUGAGCAUUUUUCUCGCCCUAUCAAAGAAUUUGUGUCAUUGUGUUUGAAGAAGAAUCCAGCAGAGAGGCCAAGUGCUAAAGAACUUCUCAAGCAUCGUUUUAUCAGAAAUGCUAGGAAGAGUCCAAGGCUUCUCGAGAGAAUCAGGGAUCGCCCCAAAUUCCACAUUGAUGGAGAGGCAACUGAUAACGGCCCAACUGGAUUUGGAGAGGCUUCAGGAACUGUAAAAGUAACUAGAGAUUCUGCAGCGGAGAGCACCAUUCGGGCCAGUAGUCAGGCAAUGGGUCUGAAGAAUACUGGAUGGGACUUUAGUAUUGGUGGAUCGACUGGGACGGGAACUGUUCGAAGUGUAGUAAAGCCUCCUCAGACGAGGAAUAGGAGGCUCGAGGUCCCAUUGAACCAAUCCACGUCUGAGAAAAUGGCCGAUGGUGGGCCCCAGAGGUUUUCUAUUUCUGGACCAAAUGCUCGUACUUCAUCAGAGUUCUCCAUGAGGAAAGAUUCUAGCUAUCCAGUGAAGCAGGAUAACUAUGAUGAAGAAGAGGAUGUUAGUGGGACUGGGACUGUAGUAAUACGAUCACCUAAAGCAGCUCGGCCCUCCUCUCCAUUCAGCAACCAAAGUUUCACGUCCAGCAGCACACUCGCCUCUGCUGAGGAUACUUCCAUCAGUGGCACUGUUGUUUAUCGUGGUCAGAAUGAAGAUUCAGGUUCUCCGAGAACUGCAAAGUCUAGGCUGGGACUUCAAGAUAGAACUUUUAGUGCAGUUCUUGAAGACAGUGAAGCAAACCUUGCUGAGGCAAAGGCUGCAAUACAGGGAGGGAGAAAAGGAAAUAUGAGAGAAAGAUCUGCAUUGAGCAAGAGAGAUGUUGAGGAAAGCAGAAGAACUGAGCAAUCAACGACCAGCUCUGGUUCAUCAAGCCAUUCUCGUGAUUAUUUUGAUGCACAAAAAGCAUUUACAAGAUCACACCACACGAGUGACGAGGAGGAUAAUGCAAGAAGUUCUGCAGCUGCUCUCUCAACCCCAUUAUCGGUUCUUCUCAUUGCGUCUCUUAAAGAUGCAAUCACUGAUGAUUCGAGAGGAUCAAUCUUUCAGGCCGUGGCCAACUCGUUAAUGGAUAUGGAACGUCAUAAUCCCGGUUCCUCCGAACUACUUGUAACCAAUUUGCUUCAACGAUUGGCAAGUUCAAAGGAUGGGUCCCUGAAGGACCUGCAGGAUCUGGCUGCUCGGAUAUUCGUUAAGGCAAAGACAGAAAUACCUACUACAAGUUCAGAAGCUGCUGAUAACAAGAAAAAACAGCAGCAGAACAAAGAGCACAAUUCGAAUUCCAAUAUGAGUCCAUUGGCAAGAUUCUUGCUCUCGAGAUGGCAAGGCCACGCCUCUCGGGACCUAAAUUCUUGA